UUCUCAUCCAAGAUUUUUUGAAGUGCGCAGGGGACCAGUCUACCUGUAUACCGGAAAUGCUAAUGUUUUGAUGUAAUUAGUUUUCGCGACAUAUGGCCACUGUCCGUAUUUUUAUUAAAUCAAUGCAGUCAUGUCCAAGCACAGGAUCCUGUAUUUCCAAGAUAAUAUACAGAUAACUCUAGAGGAAAGAAAUAAUAAAGUAAGAGGAAAAUUUCGACAUCUAGCCAGACAGGUGUCUCGAGAGGUCUUUGAUGUGCCAGAGGAAAAUCUCAUUCUAUUUGCCUAUGAGAAACAGACACAUGUUGGCCAAAUGUCCUUUUCCUUACCAGACAUGUCUCUGACAGAUCCAGGUGUGACCUUUGACUCAGAGUAUUAUCCACAAAUAUCAUUCAUGUUUGUACUCAAAGACUUUCAAAGCAUGGGCUUUGGUAGACUGAUGUUAAAUCAGGCUCUUAAAAUGAUAGCUGAAGUGUGUUCAAUGCGCCCAGUGAGACUACAAAGUGCUAUUGAUGCUGUUCCUUUUUUUCAGAAAUGUGGUUUUCAAAUUGUAAGUCAGCCUAUACAGUGUUUUCAUAGUGGAUCAAGACUAUUUAAAACACUUGUUAAUAUGGAGUUAGAAAUCCAGUCUACAAAGGGAGACAACACCUAGUAGAUGUAUGUGUUUCAUGACAUAUGGAAUUAAACUAAUAUUUAGGACAUAGUAAUAUUAUUUUACACAAGUAUAUUACAUCUAUGUUUUAAAUUAUGGUCUGAAUUAACUGUGAUUGACAUAUUUGUUAAAUCUCAUUAAAAAACAAUGAAAAUAAGGAAAUUAGAUAAUGAUCUCAAACAAUACAUUAGAAAUGUAUGAAAUGUCAAAGUCAAGUAUAAUCUAACAAAGACAACAAUUUUCGUAUUUUUAUGCAUUCUUGGCAACUUCACCAAGGUAAAAAAAAAAUGUGCAAAUUACAUUAUUAAGUUCAGUAUGGCUUGAAUCAUCAUUGAAAAACAUUAUUAUACUGAUAGUAUAUGAUAUACUAUUACCUAAUGCCUUCUAUAAAUACUAAUUCCUGAUUUACAACUGUUUAAUUGAACCACUGAAAUCCAGUGCAUGCGCAAUGAUAAAAUAAACUGUUGACCAGUCAACAU